GUAACGAAGAUCGGACGGAUCGAUCCAUUCCCCUUCACUCCCUCGACUCGACAUCGCCGGAGCAAUGGCCUCCGACGCCGACGCCGACGAGCUCCGCCUCGUCCUCUACCUCCCCAUGGACAUGGCCAAAGGCCACGGCGCGCGCCGCCCCGCCCACCUCCUCCCCCCGCUCGCCGGCGCCCCGCCCCCGCCUCCCCCCUUCCGCCCGCCUCCUCUCUGCGCCGCCGCCUCCAACGCCGAGGCCCGCGUCUCCUUCCGCGGAUGGCUCGGCGGCCCCCGCCACUGGGACCUCUGGGUCGCCAAGCUCCGCCCCCUCCACGACCGCCUCUGGCGCCACCUCGGGAUCCUCGACGCCAUCGUCGCCUCCACCUACAGGUUCAAGCGGGACGCCGCACUCGUCCUCCACCUCGCCUCCUUCUGGUCGCCGGCGACCAGCUCCUUCGCCUUCCCGUGGGGCGAGGCCACCGUCUCGCUCCUCGACGUCGCCCUCCUCGGCGGCCUCCCCGCGAACGGCGGCCCGGUCCUGGCGCCGCUGCCGAGCCACUGGCGCGCCGACGAGGCCGCGCUCAACGCCGUCCGCCUCGGCUUCAACCGCAGCGCCUGCAAGAAGGCGCACCACUCCGCCUGGAUCAGCCACUUCCUCACCGGCCCGGCCGCCGACCCCGUCGUCGAGCACGCCGCCUUCCUCUCGCUCUGGCUCACGCGCUUCGUCCUCCCGGGGCACCCGGAGUCCACCAUGCGCCAGUCGCUCUUCCCGCUCGCCGUCCGCAUGGCGCGCGGCGACCGCGUCGCGCUCGCGCCCGCCGUGCUCGCCUCCAUUUACCGGGACCUGCGCGAGCUGAAGGCCUUCCUGUCAUCCUCCAGCGCCGCCGCCACCGGCGAAUUGCUCUCGCCAUUGUCAGUCUACGCGCCAUUCUACCUUCUCCAGCUCUGGGCGUGGGAGCGAUUCCCGGCGAUCAGGCCCGCAAAGGCGAACCCCAUCAAGGCCGGCGAGCCUAGGGCCGCUCGCUGGAAUGAUGUCAGCAAUAAGAUCGACCCGGCGGUGCUCCGCAAGGCGCUCAACUCCGGGAGCAGCUUUGUGUGGCAGCCGUAUACAAUCUCUGUGCAGCCGUGCGGCUGGGUUCGUGGCUGCCAUGUCUCCGGGAACGACGAGCUCACAUCGCUCGCGCAUUGCUUGCGUGCUUGCGAGCUUGUGGGGAUGGAUUGCAUUGAGCAGUAUCUCCCGCACCGUGUCGCGAUGCAGUUUGGACUGGAUCAAGAUGUGCCCGGGGAUGUUCAACGAGCCAACGACGAUUGCAGGGUUGCGUGGGAGACCUACCAUUUGGAGGGGAAGAAUGUAGCUUUCUUCAUCCCCCAGUCCGAGCCAGGGGUCACUGCGCGAUAUGCAGAGUGGUGGAGGCAGCCCUUGCCACAUUCUCAUCUUGAUGUUGGUGCAGCGAGCACAGUGGUAGAAUCGAAGGUUUCCAAGCGUAAGGUGAAGAAGACACUAGUAGCCAUUGAGGCCGAGGAGGAGAAGGAGCGGAAGCUGAAGAAGGCUCGAGUCUUACCUAGUAACAAUGAUAAAAAGCGCAAGCUGCAAGAGUUGUAUGAUGCGAAGCUGUCAGAUUGCCUUGCAGCUGCAAGGGAUGAGGGUGCUGGCAGCUGCGAUAGGGGGUCCUUGCCAUUAUCUGACAUGGAAUCAGAAAAGGCCUUGUUGUCUCAUGUUGAAACUAUCAAUGAUGAUAUUGUGCUACUUGUGCCCAGGAAGCAGACAGCAGCUCCUGAUGUAAAUUUGAUCAAGGAUAACAUGAAUCUGGCUACAGGAGAUAGAGGGAGCCUCGAAGCCACACCACCAGUUGGAAUGGAGGAGAAGGAUGAGAUGCCGAAAGCCCAGCAGACAUGUAAUGUAGAGCAUCCAACGCACCAACCAUAUUGUCAGGAGACAAAAGCAGCCCCAUCAACAGAAAUCACUAAGGGUGAAUCAAGUGGCAUUGUUUUGGCAAAUGUUAAUGAACUGGAUAGGGGGAGAACACCCGAUGUCCCUAAUUGGCAUGAAGAGGCUGUACCUUCAGAGGCUAUGGAGAAAGAAGAAUCCAGAUAUCAUUUGAGUGAUGUUGUUUGUAAUGAUGAAAGCAUUAAGGAAGUUGUAACAGUUGAUAAACCUCUAGAUGUCUCCAGUGAACCUGAAGGAGGUGCUACCGCAAUGCCGGAGGAGAAAAUGCUUAAUGUCUCUGUAGACAUGUCUCUUGAUGCCACAGAUAGGCCAGAAGAAGGUACCACCAUUAUGCUGGAGUUGGAGAACGAAGCCAACCUUUCAGUUGAUGAAUCAUGUCGUGUGUCAAACAGUCCUGAAGAAGUUUCUGCAACGGUUGGAGGAGAUAAAGAAGAAAAGGUUGCCAUUGAUGAAGCGGAUGAAGGAAAUGGAACUUCAGAAGAUGUAGGAACAGCUGCAUUGGGAUCAAUCUGUUCUAUUGAAGUUGCGCCUGGGAGCAAACAGGAAGUUGAUACAGGUGUUAUUAAUAUUUCUCAUGAUGCAGUGACUUUACCUGAUGAGGUGCUUCCAGUUCAGCAGCCAAAUGAUGGAGAAACCACUCGUCGUGAUUUUGUCACUGAGGAACAGAGGAAGGCCUGUUGCAUCGAAGAGAUUGGAGGAGAAAACAGCCAGAUGGUUGAGAAAGCUAGCAAGCAGAAGCCCCACGAAGCUCACCAGGUUAACAUGGUAGAAUGUGGAGAAGAUAUUAAUCCCAUGAAAAAUGACAAUGAGGAUGAGCAUGAUAAAAUUCCUCAACCACUGGAGAAUGCCAUCUCGGACAGCAAUAUGACUAGUGUAUUUUCAGGUGUUCCUGAAGCAGAGAAUGCAGAUACGGAUAAAGGUCUGUUCCUAGCAAAGAAAGACUCUGAAGACAUGCCCAAGGAAGUUGUAGGAGCAGAGGGCUCACAGCAGGAUCAAUUUACUACUUCAACACAUGAAGUUGUAGAUGAGCACAACGAAGUUGCUGAAGUAGAGCCAGUCUUGGCAGAACCAAAUAUGCAUGGCCAGUGUGAUGGUGAGAAGCCCGAUGAAGGCAAGGUUUUAAGGGAGAAAGACACUGAGGAGAAUGCCAAGAAUGCUCUUGGAGUAGAACAGAUAGAAAGACAAGACAAGGCACUGACAGAGAGCUGCAUACAUGAAGUGGAGCAGGUGGAUGGACAAAGCGAGAGACUCACAAGGACAGGUGUUGAGGAAAAGCAUGCAGAAAUCACUCAAGAACAAGAAAAUGAAUUUGAUAACGGUGUGAUGGAAACUUCAAAGGUUUCAGUCAAUGGUGCGAUGCCUUAUAGUACAGCUAGUAUACAAUCAGAAGGAGAGCAGAAGGAAGCUUCUGAUAAAGAUAUGGCGGAGAAGCAAAGCAAUCAGGAUAUUGAGUCCAUUGAUGAGAGGGAUUCAUUGUCUGAUGCAGCUGCUACGGUUUUUGAAGGAGCAGAUGACCACAUAACUUUGGACACGAAUGAGGAAGCGACUAGGAAACAUACGCAUGACUGUGGAAGCAUAUGUGAGAACAAGGGGACACAAAUGUUUCAAGAAGGCUGUAAGCUGGACAGCGGGGUGAAAUCGGAUAUUGAUAUUAUGGAGAUUGAAACUCAAGCUACAGAAGGAAUUCAGAACCAAGAAACUAUGGAGUUGGACAAGCAAGAAAUGGAGGAAGAACAGAAUCCAGGAACAACAAUUGAAAACAACAAAAUGAAAAUACCGGAAGAAGAUGCCAGUACAUUUAGCUGUGGUGAAAUUCAAACUGAUCCACAUAGCACAGAUGUUAAUGAGGUUGAGUUCACCACAGGAACGCAGAACGACGAACAUUUGGACAUCAAGGAAGAACUGAUUAUGGACAGAAGGUUAGAUUGUGAAAUUAAAUAUGGAAACGAAAGACCCUUGGAAGAGGCCAACACAUUUGGUGGUUGUGAUGGUGGGGUGGAUAACAUUGGUGUUGCUUUGGAUGUUAAUGAGGAAAAUUCUAUUAAAGAAAUGCAAAACCAGGAAAUUCGCAGCACAGAGGAGUUCCAGGCUGGGGAGACCAAUUUGAACAAUGGAGCUGAAAAUGUGGAUGAGAAGAGGAUUUUGGAAGACGCAAGUACACUUGAUAUUCGUGAUUCAACUAAUGCGGUAGUUAAUGGGGCUGAAUCAACAGAAGGAACUCAGAUCCUGUGUGCUUUUAACACGGAGAAGGAGCUAGAAGUUCAGGAGAAGCAGGACCAGGGAACAGAAAAUGAGAACAGAAACCAAAAUUUGGUCAACACAGAUUCGUUUGAAUGUGGGGUGGAACCUCAUGGGACCCUGAAAACUACUCAUGAGACUCUUCCUACAGUGCAAGUUGUUAGCACAUCAGGAGAUACAUUUUCUUCGAAGAAUGAGCAGAACGAUGUACCCUGGGAGGACCAGAACAAAUCAGAUGCUGAAGUGUCUGAAUCAAACCAAACUGCACCAAAGGAGUCCGAAAGGACUAUUCCACCAGAGCAUGAAGACCGGGAAGAAGAGAAAGAAGAAAAUAUGGAGAAUAAGAUAGAAAUAUCCAUAGGUAGAGAGAAUGAUGAAGUAUCUGAACAAGAGACCUCCACAGAGGAAUGUAUCGUUGCUCCUUCAGGUAUGGAUGACCGGGACGAGAAUAACAAAGGAUGGGCUGAAGAAUCUGUACAAACCUAUGGUAGGUAUGCUUCUGAUCCAGUAAACACAUCUUGGCAGCCCAGCAAAUUUGGCAAGCCAGGUAUGGAAGAGUCUAGGAGAACACAUAGUGGCAGAUCCAUCUAUCUGAGAGACAUCAAAGAAUCACAGGGAAGGACUCGCUCUGAAACAUCAAACAAAUUACACAUAAACAGUGCAGGGUACUAUUCUCGACAUGCCGUUCCUGAACCAGUUUCAGUCACCAGGGAAAUCAAAGUGCCGUUGUAUGACAGUACAAGGGCCUCUGGAAGAGAUCGUGGACCAGAGCUAGUGGUGACAGGUCCACCAGAAGAGACUUCUCGAUGGCGACAAGAACAAUACGCACUUCAAAUUUUAGAAGACGUGCAAAAUGCUCGCGUUGCAGAGAAAACUAGGAUGGAGAUGGAGAUCAGAAUACUGAAGGCACAGGUUUCUAGCAUGCAGAGACAAGCGAUGAACUUGGAUCGUGUUGGUGAUGUAAUUUCUAGAGCAAAAAGACAUUGACCUUUCCAUAGUCUCUACAUGCUUAGGAGUUUGUUUCGUACCAAAAUUUUGGUGAAGAAUUGUACUGCUCUCCCUUUGUGAGAUCAAAUCAAAGCAUGCCAGUUUGCUCAUGUUGACUAUUCAUGGAGGCCAGAAUUCACUUUUCCCUAUGUUAGGUUUUUUCUUUUUUCAGUUAAGAGUACCGACACUAGGAAAUGAUGGGAACUUUUACAUUCAGAAUCAAGGAGAUAUAGAAAACAUCAAACCUAUCCCACAUUGCACUGUCAGGUUCUCCUCAAAGUUGUGGACAUAUUAUAAAUGAUUUGCAACUGUAUUCUAACACGUUAUGAGUCUUAGUUCAGUGUGACUUCUGUUUUCUAGCCA